CCGGCUCCUGCCCGCCGUCCCGUCAGUGCAGCGGACCCAAAGGAGCUUGGAUGUCGAUGGACCAGCGAAGUUAAGUUCUGGGCUGGUGCUUCCACUCCGCCGCGCCUUCCUCUCUGUUUCCGUCCUUCCGCGGCGCCGACCUCGUCUCCCCGAAUCUCGGACCAGCUCUUCGCGCCCCCUCCUCCUCCGCCCGUAGUGCUGAGCUCUCCCAGUUCUUGGCUCUCUGGCGGCUGGGGGAGGGGCAGGGGUCACCAUGGCCGAAGCGCCCCAGGUGGUGGAGAUCGACCCGGACUUCGAGCCGCUGCCCCGGCCGCGCUCGUGCACCUGGCCACUGCCCAGGCCGGAGUUUAGCCAGUCCAACUCGGCCACCUCCAGCCCGGCGCCGUCGGGCAACGCGGCUGCGAACCCCGACGUCGCGACGGGCCUGCCCUCGCGUAAGAGCAGCUCGUCGCGCCGCAACGCGUGGGGCAAUCUGUCCUACGCCGACCUCAUCACCAAGGCCAUCGAAAGCUCGGCAGAGAAGCGGCUCACGCUGUCGCAGAUCUACGAGUGGAUGGUCAAGAGCGUGCCCUACUUCAAGGAUAAGGGUGACAGCAACAGCUCAGCGGGCUGGAAGAAUUCAAUUCGUCAUAAUCUGUCUCUACACAGCAAGUUCAUUCGUGUGCAGAAUGAAGGAACUGGAAAGAGUUCAUGGUGGAUGCUCAAUCCAGAGGGAGGCAAGAGUGGAAAAUCCCCCAGAAGAAGAGCCGCAUCCAUGGACAACAACAGCAAAUUUGCUAAGAGCCGAGGCCGAGCUGCCAAGAAAAAAGCAUCCCUCCAGUCUGGCCAGGAGGGUGCUGGGGACAGCCCUGGGUCUCAGUUUUCCAAAUGGCCUGCAAGCCCUGGCUCUCACAGCAAUGAUGACUUUGACAAUUGGAGUACAUUUCGCCCUCGAACUAGCUCAAAUGCUAGUACUAUUAGUGGGAGACUUUCUCCCAUUAUGACUGAACAAGAUGAUCUUGGAGAUGGGGAUGUGCAUUCUAUGGUGUACCCACCAUCUGCAGCAAAGAUGGCCUCUACUCUACCCAGUCUGUCUGAGAUAAGCAAUCCUGAAAACAUGGAAAACCUUUUGGAUAAUCUCAACCUCCUCUCAUCACCAACAUCAUUGACUGUUUCAACCCAGUCUUCACCUGGCACCAUGAUGCAGCAGACACCAUGCUAUUCGUUUGCACCACCAAACACCAGUCUGAACUCACCCAGUCCAAACUACCAAAAAUAUACGUAUGGCCAAUCCAGCAUGAGCCCUUUGCCCCAGAUGCCUAUGCAAACACUUCAGGACAACAAAUCGAGUUAUGGAGGUUUGAAUCAGUAUAACUGUGCACCGGGACUCUUGAAGGAGUUACUUACUUCUGAUUCUCCUCCCCAUAAUGAUAUUAUGACACCAGUUGAUCCUGGGGUAGCCCAACCCAACAGCCGGGUCCUGGGCCAGAAUGUGAUGAUGGGUCCUAAUUCAGUCAUGCCAGCCUAUGGCAACCAGGCAUCUCACAACAAAAUGAUGACUCCCAGCUCCCAUACCCACCCUGGACAUGCUCAGCAGACAGCUACAGUGAACGGACGUGCCCUGCCCCACGCGGUGAACACCAUGCCUCACACUUCGGGUAUGAACCGCUUGACCCCACUGAAGACACCUUUACAAGUGCCUCUGUCCCACCCCAUGCAGAUGAAUGCCCUGGGAGGCUACUCCUCCAUGAGCAGCUGCAAUGGCUAUGGCAGAAUGGGCAUUCUCCACCAGGAGAAACUCCCAAGUGACUUGGACGGCAUGUUUAUUGAGCGCUUGGACUGUGACAUGGAGUCCAUCAUUCGGAAUGACCUCAUGGAUGGAGAUACAUUGGAUUUUAACUUUGACAAUGUGUUGCCCAACCAAAGCUUCCCACACAGUGUCAAGACAACGACACAUAGCUGGGUGUCAGGCUAAGAGUUAGUGAGCAGGUAAGUUCACCCCAAUAACAAAAGACCUCUAGAAAAUAGAACUUGAAAAGGAGGAACACAGUAACUUGCCAAGUAUCUUCUAUUGUAAGGACUUUUUUUAUGUCAGCCCACUGCCCCUUGCAGAAGCAUCUUUUAUCAUUCAUUCUCCGCCCUUUUGCAGUUUUCCAAUUUUCCUUUUUCCCAAGGAAGCCUGUUUUUUUUAAUGGCUUUAAAGAUUUUCUUUUGACAGUUAUAUGGCUGCAUUUUCUUAGUAGCUCUUCAAUAAAUGAAUACAUUUGAUACAAAUCAAAUGCUGAAGGGCUUUUUUUGAAAGUGGAAUUUUCCCCAUUGAAUGAUUUUAGAGCUAUUUGAGAAAGCUCUAGCCUUUUUUUCUCUAAGUAUGUCUGUCACUCUAGUAUGUUAAGUUGAAUUGAUUUUUAAUUCGGCUGCAUUUUCAUUGUGUGUGUUUGUGUGUGUAUGUGUGUUUUUUUCCCCCCCUAGGCUACACUUAAAAGUACUUCAGAUUGUCUGACAGCAGGAACUGAGAGAAGCAGUCCAAAGAUGUCCUUCACCCCUCCUUUUAGUUUUCUUGAUUUAAAAAAAAAAAAAUAGUAUUUCUUUUUUUCCUUUCGUCAGACUUGGCAGCGAAGACACUUUUCCUGUACAGGAUGUUUGCCCGAUGUUUGCAGGUUAUGUGCUGCUGUAGAUAAGGACUGUGCCAUUGGAAAUUUCAUUACAAUGAAGUGCCAAACUCACUACACCGUAUAAUUGCAGAAAAGACUUUCGGACCCUGGUGUGCUUUCAAGUUUUGUAUAUAAGCAGUAGAUACAGAAUUGUAUUUUUGUGUGUAUGUGUGUGUUUUUUUUAAAAUAUCUAUCUGGUCCAAGGAAAGUUUAUACUCUUUUUGUAAUACUGUGAUGGUCUCAUGUCUCGGUAAGUUAAACUUCUGUUUGUACUACCUGUGUUCUGCUGAACUGAUGAAUCACAAAGAACCAAGAUCUGCAUUCUGCACCUCUGCCGAACAGCUUUGGACCUGUGUUCAUGUUGCCACAUAAUUCACAUGAGAACCAAGUAGCCUGUUACCAAUCUGCUGAAUUAAUGGACUUGUCAGUCUUUUGGGGGGAAAAAUAGAUUAAUGCCAGCCUUGUACAGGUCUUUUCUAUUUUUUUGUUUGUUUAUUUUGUUAUUUGCAAAUUUGUACAAACAUUUAAACGGUUCUAAUUUCCAGAUAAAUGAUUUUUGAUGUUAUUGUUGGGACUUGAGAUCAUUUUUGGAUUAGAUAACUGUAAUGUUUUCUUAAAACUAAAGUCUACUUUGUUACAUAGUCUGCUUGUAAAUUUGUGGAAUCAUAGGUAUUUGGGGGGAGCAUUCAUAAUUUUCAUUUUGUAUUUCUAACUGGAUUAGUACCAAUUUUAUAUGUGCUUAACUGAUUUGUACACUUUGGGAUGCUACUUGGUGAUGUUUCUGACUAAUCUUAAAUCAUUGUAAUUAGUACUUGCCUACUCAAUGUUUCUGGCCUUGUUUGGGCAGGAAAGUGAUGUAUAGUUAUGGACACUUUGCAUUUCAUACUUAGGAGAACUUACUAUGUUUUAUGUGUGUAUUUUAAAGAAAUUUCAUCUGCUUCUGUUACCCUGUGAACUAAGCUCACUGCAUAAGCAUGAUAGGUGCUUAUGUGAUGUGUUUGACAGUUAUUCCUGGGAGGCCUCAUAAUGUUUGUAGGUCAGAAUGGGAAACUUCCAUCUAAAACAAGACUUCUUUGUCACACAGGAGGUUUUGAUCAGCUAAAUAACUUUUCUCAGUUGCACUUCAGCAUAAGUUUCCCCUCCUAAUUCUGUGCUCUUAUUUUGGUUCAGGUGAAGAAGGUUGGUUUUGUAGCUAUGCCUUGAGGAAUUCUGUCAACAUUCACUCUUCAUCCCUUUUUAUCUUCUCUCCUACAGAUUAGCAUGCUGUGGAAGUUUAAGUUGAAGAAAAAUUUUUAAAUGAGACUUAAGUGAUUCGUAGAAUGCCUUGUGUUCAUAAGUAUAGAGGGCUGCCAAAUGGAAUAGAACUUGUUUAAAAAUUAGGACACUUAAUUUGAAAAUUAACAAACCGGCUGUAAGUUGUACAUUUGAGUUUAUUUUAAAAGCCAUAGCUUCAGUUAUGAAUUUGAGAAUCUCUUUAGCCUUCAGCAACCUAAACUACAAUUCAGAUCAUUGUUCUAAUACUUUACAAUUACCUCUAACUGACAGAUCAAGCUAAUUGACUUUGAAGCCCAUUCAUCCCAUCACUAUUUUUAAGCCUUGUGAAAUACCUGAAUUCAUCUCAAUAAAAAUAGAACAGGUACAUAGCAUUGUUCCUCUUGACCAUUUGAGAAGGCUCUGAUUUCUGUGUACAUAACCCAAAUCACACUUAGUUUGUCUUGUAUGUUAAUUGGCUCGAUUUUUUUCCUACAUGUUUUACAAGAACCCCAGUGUUCCUGAUAAACUUCCUACAGUAGGCCAGCUCUAUUGUAAGCUUUCACUGUGGCUUUUACUACUUUGAAAAUUCACUCAACAGCCAUCACUCUAACCAUCUUCACUGUUGGGCACUCCAUAUAUGGCUGGUUUUAGAGACCUUAGUUCCCUCUAAGUAGUGCCUCCUGCCUGUGAACUAGAAUUUGGUGCCAAAGUGCUGUCGUUUUCAUUUCUGUUACUGUGCAUUCUUGCUUUCCUUCCAUGCUGGUACUUCACCAUUACACAAGGAGUCACAAGCCCCCAUUAGUUCAGUAAAAGGCACCUACAGCGAAAAAAAAAAAUCACUGUUGAAAUCUUACUACUUCAUGAAUGACUUUUAUAAAGAUGUUUCUUCCUCUUGAGUCCAUAUAAAUAUCCCCCCUAUCCCAAAUUUUUGUGUUGAAAUGCUAACAUGAAUCGUGGGUAGAUCUCUGAGAUACAGGGAAAGGCAGCUUGUGUGUUUUGAAAAGCAAACAUUAUGUGGCCUCUGGUAGGUUUUGUUUUUUUUUUCUCCUGUAAGAAUACUGACUUUGGAGGAAUUAGUAUAUCAGUUAUUGUACAUGAUUGCUUUGUGAAAUGUGCAAAUUAUACCACCUAUGCAGCCUUGUUUGAUUUAUUUUUUCUGGUUUGUACUGUUAAUUAAAAGCAUAUUGUAUUAUAGAGCUAUUCAGAUAUUUUAAAUAUAAAGAUGUAUUGUUUCCGUAAUAUAGAUGUAUGGAAUAUAUUUAGGUAAUAGAUGCAUUACUUGGAAAGUUCUGCUUUGACAAACUGACAAAGUCUAAAUUAAUUAGCAAAUGUUGUAUCCCAGUGAGCAGUAAAUCAAUGGAACAUCCCAAGAAGAGAAUAAGGAAAAACUGGAAACAGUUCUCUAAAAGUAUACAAUUUGGAUUUGUUCAACUGUUGAAUAUGUUAUUCACCCCCCCCCCAAUUCCCCCAAAAACUUGAAAUUAUUUCAGCUCUUAAGAGUUCUUAAUUUAUAACUGAUUUUAAAUGAGAAGUUUCUCCUGUGGUUUUAGUUUGAGAGUAAUCAUUUGAUAAAAAGCAUGUGGUUUAUGCAAACAAAACAGCCUGGCAUUAUUACACUUGGCCUCUCCUCGAGAUGAGGCCCAGCCUGGCGGUGUGAUCAGGGAUGGCCGUGUAAGUUCCAUCAGGAAGUAAUCACAUCCUGCUGCAUUUUGCUACCCGAGUUUAGUAACAGUGCAGAUUCCAUGUUCCUGUUCUGAUACUCUCUGAGAAGUGCCUGAUGAUGCUGGUGUAUUUACAGACACAAGAACAAUCUUUGCUAUAAUUGUAUAAAGCCAUAAAUGUACAUAAAUUAUGUUUAAAUGGUU